UCCCGACUUUUCCACAUGUUGACCAGCCUGAUUCAGGCCCACAGUCAGCACCAUCACAUGUACAGUAACACAUCAUAUGACUCAUCAGGUCAGAGGUUAAAGAAGAGUCGUUCGGUGCAGAGCAGAGAGGAGCAUGACGCCCAGAGGGACCAGAGGGACUCGUCCAGGGACCCCCAGAGAGGAGAGGAGGAGAGGGGCCGGCCGGGACACGGGGGCCGCCAGGGGCACGGAGGUCUGGGGGAUCUCUCUGACCACCACCUCAGGACCCUCUGUACAGAGGUGUGGCCUGUGCUGGCGGUGAUGGGGGGUGCUGACGCAGGGCUGCGUGUCGGGGGGCGCUGUGUACACAAACAGACCGGUCGGCAUGCUACUCUCCUGGGCGUGGUGAAGGAGGGGAGCACCUCAGCCAAGGUGCAGUGGGACGAGGCUGAGAUCACCAUCAGGUAUUAACAUUAUAGUUGA